AUGGCUCCUAAGGACGGACCUCCCUUUAUUCUAAGAGAAGAGUUGAAGAAGGGCAUAAUCAGCGAGGUUUACGACAGAGACUCGCCCUUUAGCACAUUAUAUUACGGCGAGGUAGAUAACAUACAGAGUGUGAGUGUUACACUCGGCACUCUCACUUUCCUCUGGGUCUUCCGCACUUUCCCUCCGGUCGUCAGUCUCAGUCGGACCCCGGCCGCUGUCGCUGCCGCUGCCACCGACGCCGCCAUGGCUCCCCGGCCGCCCCCUAGACUCUUUCUGCAUAUACUCGUGGUGGGUUUCCUGUUACUUCUUCUGCUGAUGCCACCAACGGAAUCAUUGCAGCCUCGAGCUCCAAAUUUCCAGUACUUUGAAAGACCCAAGUACCGCUACCCGUACUACGACGAGAGCGGCAGAGGCAAGCUUCUGUACGGCUACGGAGGUCCAGACCUCUACCAGUACAAAUCCUACUCGCCCCUUGAGGGUAUACACUAACCUUCUGUUAGUGUUACAUAGCUUAAGGUUCAGCCAGAGGUGGUUACAUGUUACCAUGACAGAGCAUUCAGUUGUAAAAGCAAACCAGGCUGGCAUCUAGCUCACUUCAUUCAUCACCUUCCUGUCAAGAGAAGAUUACGUGAAAACUUCCUUAGAUGUUAAUUUUACAUUAGAUUUAUUAGAGUGCAACAACAAGUUCCACACAGUAACUCAAUCAAGUCCAUCUUCAUUGUCAUAACAAUUCAUUUUUAUAACUUAUUAUUUUAGUAAUCGGUAUUUCUCCCCUAUUUCAUGCAUCUCAUCGCUGUUUUGUAACACGUCAUGCUUCAUUUUCAUCUUCAUCGUGGUAAAAUUACUUUUCAUCAGAUAAUACUUGGUGCGAUUCAUUUUUAAUUCAUUUUUCAUAUAAAACUUAAGAUUUAAAACACUCAAUUUUACACAGAUUAUUUUAACGAUCUAAUAUUGACGAUAAUUCUUCCACCAUUUCAAGGACAAAUAUACCUCCUGACGAAAUCAUGAAACAAUGACAAACAAACAAUAGUCUGUGCAUAAGUAUUAUUUAUUGAAUUCAGAAUUACUUCAUUGUUUAUAUAACAAAUAACAAUGAGUGCAUACUGAUAUUACAUAGUAGUUUUCGACGCUAUGAGGGAAUGUGAGUGUUUACUUUGCAGAGUUGUGUUUUACGAGCGAGGCAAAGCUGGCGUUGGAAAAUAAAAUUAAGCACCUAAACUUUUUGCUUCAAGUGGUAAACAACAUUUACUUUCUUCUGCAAAGGUCUUUCAUGUUUUUAAAUAAAAAUAAAUAUUCAGUAAUUUACUAUUUCCUUUUUGUAUUGUUGCUGUUAAUUUAUCAAACUUCAAAUACAAAUGUUGGAUUAGCGUAUCUAAAAACUUUUAAGCGCACUGCCAAGAAGAAAAUUAGUUGCUUCAGACACCAAGUUUAUGUGUAUAAACCAAUUGGGUGCUUUCUGUUCAGUACCUAUGUUAAAAAUAUUUAUUUGUCACAUUUCUGUAUUUUAUUCUUUCUGACGACUACUGGUAGUGCAGCCAAAGGUACAUGAAACUUUAUAUGAUAUCAUCACCCGGCACUAUAAAUUGAAUUAAAGAUAUUUUAUAUAUAUAUAUAUAUAUAUAUAUAUAUAUAUAUAUAU